AAGAGAUGAAACAGCAGCCAACAAAGAGGCACAACCACCGUGAUUUAUUUUUCACAUUCCAAGAUGAAUGCGAAGAGCACGACUAUGGGGGGAAAGAAGUCUUCGUCAAAAUCUUCUACCAAGCCGAGUUCACGUAUCGAAGUCGACCUCGAAGACAAAUCCUCGAGGGUCAGGCGCAAGAGUCGGGUUGGCGAUGAAAAAUCUAAUAGAAGCAGCACCAGCAAAUCGACUAGAAGCACAGCCAGCAGGUCUGCUACAAGUGCAAAGACCUCCUCAAAAGCUUCUUCAACAACGACGUUUCAUAUCGAGGUUGAUUUUGACGAAGGCCCAUCGAGGGCAAGGCGCAAGAGUCGCAUUGAAGAUGAACAAUCAAAUAGAAGGCCAGCCAGAGAAUCUACUAUUCUGAACACCAGAACAAAGGAAAAUAACAAAACGGAGUCACGAUUGACGGACGACGAAAUUUCGAUUCGGAGCAAAACCAAAAAGUCCGACGACGAAACUUCGAUCAUAAGCAACAGAAAAAAAUCGAAGAAGAAAAAGAAAUCAAAAAUAAUUGACGAAUAUGACGAUGACGAUAGUGUUUUAACGAUACAAUCGUCUCGCUCCAUAGCGUCAAAAAGUCGUAAGAAAUCUUCGAAGAAAAAGAAGAAAGGUACUUUGAGUGAAGGUGAAAAUCCCUCGUGCGCUUCCAGGGAGGGACACUCAUUACAGGCAGAUUUGCGGCGUAUAAAUGCCUUGGAGGAAGAAAACGCAGUUCUGUUGGAUGAGACAGUUGCCCUCCGCAGACAGCUCCGACAGGUCGAACAAUUUAGUAAACAAUCUUCGUUGGGACAGAAAUCGAUUGAGUCGUCAAAUGUCGAAGUGAACGACUUGAAGAUGGAACUUGAGGAAUACGAGUAUGCUGUGAUUGAGAAAGAUGAACUCAUCCAGAAAUUGACAGAGGCAGUAGAUGCACAAGUGGAUAAGGUUGAAUAUCUUGAAGCCAAGUUGGUCAGAGCAGAAGAAGAAUUCUGCACAAUGGAAGACGAAUUAGCAGAUAUGGAGGAGCUCGUUCAUGAAUUGAAUGACAGUCCGCGAAAGUACAAGAAUCACACUGAGGAAUAUAAUUCUAGCAGACGUCGUAAAGAACUAGAGAAGCGAGAGAUAACUAUCGAAGAAAAAGAAAAGAAUCUAGAAGAAAAGGAAGCUAAACUACUCGAGAAGGAGAAGAUUCUCGAGAAAAUGCAUCAGUCAUUCAGUUCAGAUAUUGAAAUUAACGACGACGAGGACGAGGACGAAGACAAUACUCGAGGAAAACAAGAGCUCUUAAAUGAAUUAAACAAAACGAAGAAGACAAUUCAGAUAAUAGAAGCUGAAAACAACGAAUUAUGGGAAGAAAAUGAAAUUCUGCGUGAAAGCAAUUCAAAAUUGAAAGAAAAGAAGGAUACAGCAGAGGAAGAUGAUUCAAUUGAACAAAAAACUUCAAUUGAAGUCAAAGAGUUGACGGCAAAGCUAUUGGAAAUGAAAGCUGAAAAUAACAAUUUACGGAAAGAAACCGAAUCUCUUCAAAAAAAUAACGUGAAAAUGAAAGAAAAGGAGGACGUUGCAAUUCAGCAAAAUGCUUCCAGAGAAAAAGCUUUGGCUAAAGUUGAAGAAAUAAAGGCGAAGAUGUUGGUAAUACGACUCGAAAACGAUGAUCUAUAUAAAGAAAAUGAUCUUCUUCGUAGAAAUAAUUCCGAAAGGAAAGGAAAGGAGAAUGCCACAGUACAGCAGGAUGACUCUGGAGAACAAGAAUUGAAGAAUGAAGUCGAGGAAUUGAAGGCAAAGAUAUUGGAAAUACGACUUGAGAAGGAUGGCAUUUUGAAAGAAUACGAGUCUCUUCGCCAACGUAAUGAACAAGGUGCUCUAAAAGAACGAGAAAUGGCGAAUAAAGUAGAAGAACUAAAGUCCAAUAUACUGGAAGUACAGGCUGAAAAAGAUGAUGUUUGGAAAGAAAAUGAAUCUCUUCGUCAACAGAACAUUACAGCAGAGAAAAAAGCUUUUAAAGAACAAGAAAUGCAAAAUGAAAUUAACAAGUUGAAGGCAAAGGUAAUAGAAACAGAAGCUAUCAACAAUAAUCUCCGGAAGGACAACGAAUCUCUGCUUGAAUUCAAUGCUGAAAUAAAAGAAAAGGAGAAAAUGGCACAGCAAGAUGCUCUUAGAACAAAAGAAAUGUCAAAUGAAAUUGAGGAACUGAAGGCAAAGAUAAUAGAAGUGGAAAGUUCAAAAAUUGACCUUUUGAAAAAGAACGAAUCUCUUUGUCAACGUGAAUCUGAAAUGAAAGAAGAGAAGAAAGCUAUUGAAAUUCAACGCAACAAAGAGCUAAGGAUUAUACGCGACAGCAUUGACAAGCAAAUGGCAGAUAUGGACUUGGAAAAAGAAAUAUUACGCAAAGAGUUAAAUGAGAUGAAGCAGCGAAAGAAUGCCGAUAAUGAAGCCCUACGUCAAGAUAUAGAAGAACUUCGAAAGCAAAAAAAUCAUUUAGAGGCCAUAUCAAACCAUUCAAAACGACUCGAAACCAUCCGAAGUAUGGAUAGUGUGCAAAUAUUUGAAGAUACAGAUAGCGCAAAAUCGUUUGAAGACGAUUGCCAACUGGAAUUGGAGAUUGAGAUAGCAGAACUACGUGAAAAAAUCGUACAGCAAGAGGGUCAUUUUAAAAAACAGAAGCAAGAGAUCGAAGCGAUUUUGAAAGCCAACAAGGAUCUUAAAGAAGACGUACGGGAGCGCGAAAGAGAGCUCGAUGAGUUGGAAAAUCAAUUGAAUACGUCGAAAGAAUCAUCUAUGAAAAAAAUGGAACAAAAAGAUGAGACCAUUGCCUUCAUGCAAAACGAGAUAAUGAACAUUACUCAAGAGAACCAACAGCUUGCCAAUAGGUUACGAGAGCUAAAUCUUGAUCAGACUGAAAGAGAGCUGGUGGGGAAUACAGUCGAGAACGAAGCGGAAAAGAAAAACGCUGAGACUGGAAACGACCAUUUACGUCAACUGGAAGAGAAAAACCGUCGGCUUGAAGAUGAAUUGAAACAGACAAGGUACAACAAUUCUUUGCGACAAAAAGAAAAACAAAGCAUCAUAUUAGAGCUUCAAGAUGAGCUCAGAGAUGCAAAAUGGGAGCUCGGAGCUCGAGAUAAAGGAGCUGACUACAUAACGUUAUUGAAAGAAAGGAGAGAGGGCAAGAAACUGCUGGUUGAGGCGAGAAAUGAGUUGAUGAGAUCAAGAGAAAAAGUGACGGAGCUAAACCUAGCGAUUGACGAAGCUAUUUCGCAUAAGAAAGACCUUGAAAAGGAAGUUGAAUCUUUAAAUCUUACGAUGGACUCGAGUGCCCAUAGAUCGAGCUUGAAACGUCAGAUCAAGAGUUUGAAACAACACAACGCUGCACUCGAGCGAAGACUUGAGAUCCAAACAAGAGAAUCUCAAGAGAAUGUUCAAGAGAAAGAAGCCAAAGUUCGAAUUCUUCAGUUUGAAUUAGAUAAAGUUAGAAGUCUGGGACCAAAAGCAACAAAAGGAGUUUUUUCUGACUUUCUAUUCGCCACGAGUACGAAGAGUGCUGUCGACGAAACAUCGACGCAAAGUGAAAAUAAUACGUACAAAUCGAACAAAGAAUUUGACGAGAUUAAUUUUGAAUAUCAGUUUAAGAAUGAGAUCUCAUCACCAUGUACAAACUCUGAGAACGAAGAUUGCGAAGGAACAACGACUGACACGGUUUGGAAUCUUUUCAGUCGCAGUUCACGUCGAGAAUCAUUGCAAGAAAAUGAGCAGAAAGAGUACGAUGGGUCGAAUCCUUCAAUUAUGGACUCAGCAGUCCCAACAGGUGAUGUCACGGAUAUAGUAGAUACUUUUUUAAGAGAAUCUCCGCCCAUAGCACAUAAUAGUUUGGGUGACAAUGACGCCGAGAAAGAAGCCGAUGCAGUAGACAUUGCUAAAACCAAAGUACAUGGGGAUGAGCUCGUGAUUACAGGAGGUGCUGCAAAUGUUAAUAUCAAGAACGAAAGUGAUAAGGAUAACAAACUAACACCCUAAUAACGCAAUCUAGUGCAUUGGGGAAAGUUGCGAUGAUACAAUAAUCGCCGAAGUAGAAAGUAAAGCCAUUUUGAGAUU